AACACCGGUGAGAGCCGUCGUCUCGUCACCACCCGUCGCCAGAGAUGGCGUUGGCAGCUCAACUGCUGCUCUCUUCUUCCUCCUCCGCCUCCCCGAAAAUCCCAAUCCUUCGACUCCAGCGCUGCGCCUUCAAAUCCUCCUCCUUCCGCAAAUGCUUCCUCCAUCCCCAUCGUUCCCAGUCCCAGACCCCGCGGCGGCGGAACCAACCAGUCGCCCUCCCCGACCGACCACGUUUUUCGCGCCAGCAAGGGGAAAGAGGCGACGACGAGCAUGGCGUGCAGGAGGACAUGUGGGGCCUAUCUGCCAGCUCCUCCGGAGCCCACUUCGUCGGCGCCCUGGAUGACGAAGAGGGCGGCGACGGAUGUGGUCCACUCGAUUGCGACGCCGUGGAGGAGGGGGAGCAGGUCCAAGGAUGCGAGCUGGGCGGGUGUGACCCAGCUAUCAGCCUCCUCCCAACCCAGGCCCAGGAACAGCAUCGCCUAGAGGAUGAGGAUGAGGAAGAGGAAGACGGUGGGGACUGCGGGUGGUGGGAUCCGACCUUCUUCUUGCGAGCCCAGGAAGAGGUAAGCACCACCACUACAGCAAUGGAAGACAUUCUCGCCUUUGCGAGGAGUCCAGUGGCGGCCGACAGCCCUGGGUUCGUGGAGUUCUUGGCUGGUUACAGCCGCAGAGUCCUCGGCGAGGACGAAUGCGUGGAAUUGAUGAAGAGGAUGGGUGAAGAGGGGCUGCCGUUGCGGUGCCUCGACUUGUUCAGGUGGAUGCGGGUGCUGGAGGAGCAGCCGACUCCGCAGGCAUGGUUGGUUGCUCUUGUGGUGCUUGGGCGGGCACGGAUGGCCGAUGAGGUCUUGGAGAUCCUGGGACGUUUGCCGCAUGAGAGGCAAUUCCGGGAGGCCGUUCUAUACAAUGCUGCAAUGUCCGGUGUUGCUUACUGUGGAAGAUAUGAUGAUGCCUGGACAAUAUUUGAGUUUAUGGAGAAGAAUAGUGUCCAACCUGACCACAUUACAUCUUCAAUCAUGUUAAAUGUAAUGAAGAAGCAGAAGGUAUCUGCCAAGGCUGCAUGGGAGUUCUUCCAACGGAUGAACAGAAAAGGUGUCAAGUGGAGCUUGGACGUCUCUGCUUCUCUAAUUAAGAUGUUUUGUGAUGAGGGGCUGAAAAAAGAAGCUCUCAUCAUCCAGUCAGAAAUGGAGAGGAGAGGAAUCCCAUCAAACACGAGCAUAUAUAACGAAAUAGUGAAUGCAUAUUGCAAAUGCAGUCAAAUUGAAGAAGCUGAGGGGCUCUUUGUUGAGAUGAAAGAGAAAGGCUUAAAACCAACAAUUGUUACCUAUAAUAUCCUUAUGGAUGCUUAUAGCAGAAGAUUGCAGCCAGAAGUUGUUGAGUCAUUACUUCUUGAAAUGCACGAUUUAGGACUACAGCCAAAUGCUAGGUCAUACAACUGCCUCAUAAGUGCCUAUGGGCGGCAGAAGAAAAUGAGUGAAAAGGCUGAAGAUGCUUUCCUGAGGAUGAAGGCAGAUGGCAUUAAGCCAACAUCUUCUUCGUACACUUCACUGCUUUGUGCCUAUGCAGUUAAUGGACAGUAUGAAAAAGCUCACAUCACAUAUGUGGACAUGAAAAAAGAAAGACUUAAACCUUCCUUAGAAACAUAUACAGCUUUGCUUGACAUAUUUAGGAGGGCUGGUGACACAGAUAAGUUAAUGGAGACAUGGAGAUCAAUGAUAAAUGAAAAGGUCGGAGGCACUAGAGUCACAUUUCACAUGGUACUUGAUGGUUUGGCGAAAUAUGGGUUGUAUGUUCAGGCAAGAGAUGUAAUAUACGAGUUUGGAAAUAUUGGUUUACCGCCCACAACUAUGACUUACAACAUUUUGAUGAACACAUAUGCAAAGGGUGGGCAGCAUUACAAAUUGCCCCAACUCCUGAAAGAGAUGUCUGCUCUGGAACUGAAACCAGACUCCGUUACAUAUUCUACAAUGAUAUAUGCAUAUGCUCGUGUCCGAGACUUUUCGAAAGCAUUCUAUUACCACAAGCAGAUGGUUCGAAGCGGGCAAGUGCCUGAUGCUAAGUCAUACAAAAAGUUAUUGAAUACCUUGGAUGUGAAAUCUGCAAGAAAAAACAUAAAGGAUAAGAGUGCCAUUGUAGGAGUUAUAAAAGGAAAAUCUGGCUUCAAACAUAGGAAGGAAAAGAAGGACGAAUUUUGGAAGGACAGUAAAAAGCGGUCUAUGAUGACCCAAGUUAAUGGGUAUCAGAGAAAAAGAUUUUUGUAAUAUUUUCAUAAGUAAAAAUUCCACUGUGUUCAAGAUACUCAUCCCUUAUGUGAUAUCAUGGCCUCGACGCUUUAAUUCUCUUGAAAUGUUCAGGUCAGAAACUACUUAUUCAGUUUGACUGUCUGAUUGAUCUUGGUGAUCUGAAA